AUGGGUGUUGGUCAACACUCAAAUCAAGUGUAUGUCAUUGAUUUUGGUUUAUCAAAGAAAUACCAAGACCCUACUACUAAAGAUGACCUUGAAUCACUUGGUUACGUUUGGCUUUACUUUUUACGCGGUGCACUUCCAUGGCAAGGAUUACCCGCACGAACUACGAAACAGAAAUACGAAAAGAUCUUGAAAGUUAAGAUUGAAACAAGUCCAGAAGAUUUGUGUCAAGGAUUUCCCGAAGAAUUUGUUACAUAA